AUGGCGGCGUCCUGGGGUGCUUACGUGUUCAUCUCAAACCUCAUACCCUUGUAUGUAUUGGCGCUUAUAGGCACCAAGAGGUACCACAAACGCGUGUACGUCGCCUUCACCACGUUCUGGGCCAUCGGCGGCCCCCUGGCCAUGCUGGUGCGCUUCAUCGGGUCAAACCACGUCACCAGCCACGAGCUACUCGCGUUCAACGGGGUGUGGGUCGGCCUGCAGGGCUGGGAGCUGCUGCUGUGGAUGAGGACGAGGCUGAGCCAGAAGCAGUUUGCUGCGCUGGUCAACUUUGCUGUCGUGGGGGUGGCCACCGCGCUGGCGGCGGUUGUGGGGGGUAUCAUCCUGCUCACAAUCUCAGGCAAGAUGACCCCCUGGACGGGGCGCUUCUGGACCCUGCUGGACCCCACCUACGCCAAAAAGUACAUCCCAAUCAUCGCAUCCGUCAGCGAGCACCAGCCGACCACCUGGGCCACAUAUGUGUUUGACCUUCAUAUCCUGGUGUUUUUCGCCCCCGCGGGCAUCUAUUACUGCUUCCAGCGUCCUGGUGACGCGCAGGUGUUCCUCCUGACAUUCGCCAUGUUCGCCAUCUACUUCAGUGGCAUCAUGGUCCGCCUGAUGCUCGUCGCGGCCCCGGCGUUUGUGCUUCUUGGCGCCAUGGCCAUCAGCGAGACGCUGGACCGCGCGGCAAGAGACCUGCGGACGCCGGUGGAAGACGAGGGGGCGGACGCUGACAAGGCGGGGCGACCCAGCGAGGGGGGAGGGGCGGCCGGCAGGAAGAAGGGCACAAA